CGCACAUGAUUGUUGUCAGUUUGGAUACACAACACGAAUCUAUUUCUUUGCGCUCUAUACCUUGUAACAAAAUCAAAAACAUGGCAUUGCCAGUAAAUGGCUGUGUACCCCUUAAGAAACCUAGACUAGCACCCACAAACCCUGUUACUGUUGUCCUGGGAUCACAAUGGGGUGAUGAAGGGAAAGGAAAAAUUGUUGACAUGAUUGCUGCUAAUGCCGACAUUUGCUGCCGCUGUCAGGGAGGUAACAAUGCUGGUCACACUGUAGUUGUUGGUGAAAAAGCCUAUGAUUUCCACCUACUGCCGAGCGGUAUAGUCAACAAGAAAUGCACAGCUGUUAUAGGAAAUGGGGUCGUGGUACAUCUGCCAAAUUUGUUUGAGGAAAUUGAAAAGAAUGUUGAGAAAGGAAUGGAGGGUUGGCAGGAAAGACUUUUGAUCUCAAACCGAGCUCACUUAGUGUUUGAUGUUCAUCAGAUGGUGGAUGGCCUACAGGAAACUGGAAGGGGCAAGAACAUAAUUGGAACAACUAAGAAAGGAAUUGGUCCAGCUUAUUCCUCUAAGGCAACUCGUAAUGGUCUACGUGUUGGUGAUCUUGUCGGUGACUUCUCUCUAUUUACAGAAAAAUUCAGGAAGUUAAUAGACUACUACAAGAGCCAUCAUCAGGAUUUAGAAGUGGAUGUUAACAAGGAACUUGAGAGGUAUAAGGUAUUGCGCAACAAAGUCAAACCAUUUGUGAGGGAUACAAUUCCAAUUCUGUCCAAGGCCAUCAAAGAUGGGAAAACAAUACUCGUUGAAGGAGCCCAGUCUAAUGUUCUAGACAUAGACUUUGGACUUUACCCAUAUGUGACAUCUUCUAACUGCAGCGUAGGAGGGGUGUGUACCGGCCUAGGAAUCCCACCCCACUGUCUUGGUGACAUUGUGGGUGUGGUCAAAGCUUACCUCACGAGGGUGGGCAGUGGAGGAUUUCCCACAGAACUCAACAAUGAAGUGGGUGAGAAACUGGUAAACAUUGGCCAUGAGUAUGGAGUGACAACAGGAAGGAAAAGAAGAGUAGGGUGGUUGGAUAUAGUGAUGUUACGUUACUCCAACAUGAUCAAUGGAUUUACUCAUCUGGCAAUAACAAAGCUGGAUGUGUUAGAUGACUUUGAUGAAGUGAAAAUAGGUAUAGCAUAUGAACUAGAUGGAGUAAAAAAUUACGACAGUUUUCCAGCUCUGGAUGAAGAUCUCUGCAGAGUAAAGGUGGAAUAUUUGACAUUACCAGGGUGGAAAGUAACCACAGCCGGAGCUCGAAAUUUCUCAGAUCUACCUCAGAAUGCACAGAAUUAUAUACACAAGGUCGAGGAGUUGGUCGGAGUGCCAGUGAAGUGGAUUGGAGUUGGGCAAUCCAGAGACUCUGUCAUUGAAGUCUGUUAACAUCACUCCAUGGAUUUGGCCAUUGAAGGGGAAAACAUGGAAAUCUUUUGAAAUUAUAGAAAUCCACACCUGUAUCUUUACAUAACUAUCUCUAUACUAAGUGGUGGUGGAAUUUUCCCUGACUUUGUAAAUAAACAAUUCCAAUUAAUCAUGUUUUAAUUGACAGUCUGUGAUCAUCAAAUUGAUAUUGUUUUUAAAUAAUGGUAAAAAGAACACUUGUAAUGUGUUUUAAUGAUUUUUUUUUUUAAUUUUAAAUGUGAAAAUAUUUAAGGCAUAUAAAUUUGUGUUAUUGGAUGUUAGUCAUUGGGUAACAGACAUGUUCUGAUCAAUGUCUCUUUGUAAUCAGAUCUGAGGGUGUUGCUUCAUUGUGUUCAUAUAUUUUUUCCUGUGUUGUAAAACCAAUUCCAACAUUCAAACAGCUGUGUGUGUUCAUAAAUCAGACUUUUAGAGCAAGUUUUAAAAUUGUUUUUUAAUGUUUUUAUAGGGCAUAAUGGUAGUAGAAAAUAAGUAGGCACUAAAUAAUUUCAUUUAGUAAUACUCAUGUGACUAAACUUGUGUAUAAAAAAGAAUUUUCCAGACAGAUCCUAUCUGAAAACACAAUUUUUGAAGUCGCAACAAUACAGUGUUGAUAUUGAAAUUUUCUGUUCGAUUUUUGUGUAUUUCUUUUUAUAUAAUAAUAAUUUCGUGUUGAUGAAAACUGCUGGAUCAAGGAACAUGUAUAUGCUAUAUUUUUUAACAAGUAAAUUUUUGCACUAUUUGCUCAACUACAUGUUCUUCAAAGGAAAGUGUAUAGAACAUAUUUCCUGAUUUUAUCUCUUAAUAACUCUGCUUUUAAUUUUACAUCAUGCUACAUAUUGAUACUGUAUCGAAUUGCAUUUUUUCCUACAACAUCUGAUAGAGGAAUCUCCUACAUACUAUAUUCAUCCUUUAGAAGUCACUGAUAGCAAUUGAUUAAGUUUAGGAAUUUCUUACUGGUAAAUUUUUCCAGUGUUUUUCUUCUUUUAAUGAUGAAAUAUUUUAUACUUUGAAUUUGCUUCCUAAAAUUAAUAAAACUUGUCUGCUACUUUGUGAUGAUUGUGCAAAUUACACUUAAUAAAAGGCCAUGUUGAAGUAUACUCCUAUUUAGUUAAUAAACUUUUUAAAUUACUGGAGUUUUUUGCCAUUUGUACCAAGAGUUACCAUGGUGGCCUUACUCCUCUUCAACUCUCUUCCUACAAGUUUUUCUUGCUAGAUUUUUCUUCGGUCUUCAAAAUUCAGCAUCAUACAAUAUUUUUAUAUAAAUGCACAGGGCUAUUUGCCUAAUAUUCAUUAGACCAUGACUAAAUUCAAUUGUAUUCAUGACCAUUCAUUCAUCUUUAUGAUGGUAUUUUUGUUUUAUGUCCCAAACUUAUGCAGAGUUGGCGUAUCUUUUAGAUUAUUUGAACCUAAGCUUGCAUAGGGAUUAAUUUUAAAGCUUAAGUCAGCUAUAUGAAUUAUAAUCAAUACUGUGUAUUUUGUAUCUGUUUGCAGUGUUGAUGUUGUUCAAGACGUUGUUGAAAUAUAUCUUUAUAAGUUGGCAACAUUUUUACCUGUCACCAUGAUGUUUUAUUAAGAAAAAAAAAAUAAUCCUUUACAUUUAAUUUCUAUAAUAAAGAUGUGUAUACAUAUACUACAAGGCA